AUUUCUUUAUGGUACCAGAGCAGGGAUUUACAAAACCAUAAAAAAAAAAAAAAAAGAAGAAGAAGAAACUAUGACAUGUGAGGAAAAGAAAACCGAUGAUGGGUCUGCAAAAGUACAUGCGAGUGUUGUAUCGCAACCGAGUGCUAUCUCGCCGUAUUUUUUGCAUCCGUCCGAUAAUCCGGGAUCACUAAUCUCGCACAUCCAAUUGAAAGGGGAAAACUACGAGGAAUGGGCUAGAUCGAUGAGGAAUGCUCUUCGAGCGAAAAAGAAACUCGGGUUUGUCGAUGGAACUUUGGUGAAACCAGAAGAUGAUUCUAACGAGAUUGAAGACUGGUGGAUGGUGAACUCAAUGUUGGUUGCUUGGAUAUUUAAUACAAUCGAACCCUCGUUGCGUUCCACCAUAACCUACGUUGAAACAGUGAAGGAACUAUGGGAGGAUCUUCGACAAAGAUUCUCCAUUGGAAACGGACCUCGUGUACAUCAAUUGAAAGCUGACCUAGCUGUGUGUAAACAACGCGGACAAACGGUGGUGGCAUAUUAUGGUCGACUGAAGAUGAUGUGGGAUGAACUUGUGAAUUAUGACCCAAUACCCACGUGUAGAUGCAACGGUUGCAAGUAUGACAUCUCAGUCACACUUGAACGAAAGAGAGAAGAAGAGAGAGUCCAUCAAUUUUUGAUGGGUCUUGACGAUAUGGUGUACGGAACCGUACGGUCCAAUAUUUUGAGCAUGGAACCACUGCCCAAUAUGAAUAGAGCAUAUGCGAUGAUUGUUCAAGAGGAACGGCAUCGUAAUAUCGCACGAAGCAAAGAAGAUCGAGGGGACGCAGUAGGAUUUGCUGCUCAACUAGGUCCGAACGUGAGAGUUGCGGCUAUUCGGGGAAAGGAAAAGUUGAUAACGUGUGGGCAGUGUGGAAAAUCGGGACACGAAAGCAAUGCAUGCUAUCAAGUCAUAGGAUACCCAGAGUGGUGGGGAGAUAGGCCUCGAGAGAGAGAGAGAAGUGAUCGGGGCCGAAGAGGAGGCGCUGUGGGGCGCGGAAGAGGGGGCAGAGCACGCAUUAAUAUCACUCGAGCGACGACCGAGGGAAAUGGGAGCCAAUCUGAAGUUCGUGUGGAACGUGACCGUCACGAUCUUGCGGGUCUUGAUAGCGAGCAAUGGACAAAGUUACUUGAAUUGAUCGGUGCAAGUAAAAAUGGUGAUGAAAGGCUUUCUGGACCGCACUACGAGGACUCUGAUUGGAACGGGUGAAGAGCGCGAUGGGGUAUUCGUCUUCCAAGGUGUUGCACCAGUGCGAGUGAAUAAAAUUGCUGGAUUAAGUGAGCAAGAGCUGCGGCAUCGGAGAUUGGGUCACCCAUCUAAACAAAUUUUGUCCUUUAUUCCAGUA